AUGUCCAGGCGUCCAAGGAAACAACCUCCAGGCUUUAAUUUCAAGCCGCCAGAGGAACAGGUCGUUCAACCUCCAGGCAAUUUGGAUAAACAAACUACAAUAACAGUUGGUGAUAAAACAUUCACUGUUCAUGCUGAUGACUUGGUCAAGAUUAGUGAUUUGGGACGAGGUGCUUAUGGCAUCGUGGAGAAGAUGAAACACAUCCCCAGCAAUACUACUAUGGCUGUGAAGAGAAUCACAGCAACAUUCAACAACCAAUCUUUGGAGCUUAAACGUUUGCUGAUGGAUCUGGACGUGUCGAUGCGAGCGAGCGCGUGCCCGUACACGGUACAUUUCUAUGGCGCUAUGUUUCGCGAAGGCGACGUUUGGAUCUGCAUGGAGGUGAUGGAUAUGAGCCUUGACAAGUUCUACACCAAAGUGUACAAAAAUGGUCGCACCAUUCCUGAGAAUAUUCUUGGAAAAAUUGUUUUCUCCGUCGUAUGUGCCCUCCGCUACUUACACUCUGAGCUCAAAGUCAUUCACAGGGAUGUGAAACCAUCGAAUAUUUUGAUCAACAGAAUAGGUGAGGUCAAGAUGUGUGACUUCGGUAUUUCUGGAUACUUGGUAGACUCAGUUGCUAAAACUAUUGAUGCCGGCUGCAAACCUUAUAUGGCGCCGGAGAGAAUUGACCCGAGCGGCAACCCGGGUCAGUACGAUAUCCGCAGCGAUGUGUGGUCACUCGGUAUCUCAAUGAUUGAACUGGCGACUGGUACCUUCCCAUACAGCACGUGGGGAACGCCCUUUGAACAGUUGAAGCAAGUCGUCAAGGAUGACCCUCCUAGACUGCCUACCGGCACUUUCUCACCAGAGUUCGAGGAUUUGAUAGUGAAAUGUCUUCAGAAAGACUACAAACAAAGACCAAACUAUGAUGCGCUGCUCGCGCAUCCUUUCUGUCAAGAGCACAGUCAAAAAGAAACAGACGUAGCGUCAUUUGUUCAAGAAAUAUUAGACUUACCAGAUGACUCCUAG